CCACUUCUUAGAAUAUUCCAUUUCCUGUCCCAAUCCAGCUGAGGAUUUCUAUGCCCCCCUCACCCUACGCAUUAUUCCCCCCAUACCCAGAGGAAGAAAAAGGAAACCCAGAAACUCAACACUCUCCUUGCAAUCCCUGAUUGAUUGAUUCUUGAAGGGAAGGGCGGGUUGGAUUUCGGUUAUUGGGUCCGAUCUGCGGUUUCUUGCGUGGGGAGGUUUGGGUAUUUUUUGUUCAAUCAUCAAAGCCCCCAGUUUGAUGGUAUUCCGUUAUUGAAUUUUAGCUCGGUCCUGCAUUUAUUGGGGGGCCAAUCCUACCUCAUCAUUAGAUCUGUUCUUGCCCGGCAGUUAGUCCCAGAUCUUGAAUCCCUCCUGCAACGCUUCUCAAGGGUCGGAUUUCUCAGCUCUGGUGAUUUGUUGAGCUUAAAGGUGUGAUUUUGGGAGGUGGGUCUUGGCCAAAUUUGGGAUCUUGGUGAUGGAUUUAGACGACUUUAGGGCGGUCUUGGAGAGUUCAGGGGUGGAUGUCUGGACUUUUCUUGAGGCAGCAAUCACUGUGGCUUCUUCAGAUCACCUCAAUGAGCUGAAGCAGAGGAGGGAUGGGAUUAUAGAGAAACUCUAUGCGGCCAGUUUUGCUGAUAAGUGUAGGAAUUGUGACUUCAAUAUCUGUGGGGUUAGUAGGAGUAACGGGCUGGGGGUUGGGAAACUUGACGCAGAGGAAGAAGAGAGGGAUAAGAAUGGCCGUGGAGUUAAGAGGCAAUCGGCUACACCUCCUAGUCCUCACUCGGGCAAUAGGGAUGAUGACGAGCUUGAUCCUUUCGGGGGCUUGUUCGAUGAUGAGCAGAGGAAAAUUCUUGAGAUUAAGGGUCACCUUGAAGAUCCUGAUCAGUCUGAGGAUUCGAUUGUCGAGUUGCUUCAAAGUUUAGCAGACAUGGACAUUACAUUCCAAGCUCUGCAGGAAACUGAUAUCGGGAGGCAUGUGAAUCGUUUCAGGAAGCACUCUUCUAAUGAUGUCCGGAGGCUCGUGAAGCAUCUUGUUAGGAAAUGGAAGCAAAUCGUGGAUGAAUGGGUAAAUGUGAAUCAACCUGGUGAAAUUGCUUCCUCCACACUCCUGGGUGCUGAUGGAGACUCACCACAGCAGAAAAUUCCCCAGAACGGUUACCACAAGGUUCCCGAUUUCGCACCCUCUCCUAAUCCACACACUGCAAGUUCUGGGUCAGAGAGGAACAUCUCGGAGCCUGAACCGAAAGCUAAACAUGUAAUCCGACGUGAAACUCCGCCCAUGAGGCCAAAUCAUCCAAUGUCGGCACCUCCUGCUCAAAAUAGACAAAGAGAACAACACCAGCAGAAGGAAAGCAACGUUGAGUCUGAUAGGUUGGCUUCGGCGAGGAAGAGGCUUCAUGAUAGCUACAGAGAAGCUGAAAAUGCCAAAAAGCAAAGAACGAUCCAGGUGAUGGACAUUCACGAGAUACCAAAACCGAAGAACACCUUCUUCACGAAGAACAAAGCCGGGGGCUCUCAGGGAAGGCAUUGGUGAUUGAGCGUCAACUGACUGAAAAACACAAAGGCAUUUUGCCGUCUUCACAUCACACGGCUCGAGGGCCUUUCACGGCCUUCCCAUCUUCCGGGAAAUCCCGGAAUUGGUCACGAGAAAGAGAGUAUUUUAUGUCAUAUAUAUAUAUAUAUAUAUAUAAUAAAAGCUUUUCUUUAUCCUUUUCUCAACUCUCCUACCCCGCCCCGCUCGCCCCUUGUUUAAUUUUUGUGGCAAGAAAACGAAGUGCAUAUUAUUUUGGGGUACAACGCUUGGAGUUUCAGUGAACAAUCCUCGCAGGGUUGCUAAUC